CCGGCCACAAGUUACCGAUAAACAGGACCCUCAUCAAAUAGUUCAAAAUAACUUGCUGGGUUUAGGAUGUUCUUCUGGUUUUGUAUUGUCCUUUGCGCUUUGGCCGGUUGCUUUGUGACCACCAGAGACGUGAUGACCGGUGAGCCGCGUGAAGUCGCAGUGAACGGCACCAGAGUUGUGAACGCAGCCCGGUUUGCUGUGGUUGAAUUCAACAAAGCCAACGCAGAAGACGUGUUUGCUUAUAAACUUUCGAACAUAUCAUCGGCCAAAAUCCAGGUGGUCGCGGGAAUAAACUACAUCCUGGAAGUGAAGAUUAGUCGUACAAUGUGCAAGACAAGCGUCACGACAGACGGUGAACCAUGUAUUUACCACUCUGAACCCAAGGAACUUCAGUGCCACUUCAUUGUUACAGAAGUCCCUUGGGAGGAUUCACGUGCACUCACUCAAAACAAGUGUCGACUGCAUAAUAAUUGCAAGUAAACAGUUAUCAUUAAGCAUU